GGCUUUAUCAAUGAUGCUUGUGGUAGACUACUCUGUCCUGCUGAACUUGAUUGGAAUGAACCGGGCGUCAAGGCAGGAAUAAGAAAUCACUCAGAUGGAUAUAUUGUAACUGAUCUCUCGUUUCCUACCUUUCUCUAUGAAAAGUAUACAGCUAGUGCUGAUAAUCUGGAGGAGGGUCUUUUCAAGGGGGGAAUACUGGUUAAGGCCUACAAAGCUGUGUUUACCUCUCCCUCCUCUGCCAAGGACGUUGAGGGUGAUGGUGAUGGUGCAGAUAUCAGUGCUAACAACAGAAGGGCCCAGAAGAGUCACCACAGACUCAAAGUCAAGAAACAUGUUACUCAUAUCAUCAAGAUGAAGAAAGUAACACCUCGCUCCAUUGCGUAUAUAGCUUGUCAAGCAAGAUUUGCUCUCUCUUCUGUCACCUCCUGGCAAUCAGUAGAUGGAGAUUUUGACUACAUACAAUUUUGGAGGACCAUAGUUGAUGUCUUUGAAAAGGUGCCUGGGCAAUCUGCUCAACGCAGGGUUGACCACCUUCUCGAGUGGUGGACCAGGUGUGUUAUUUACCCUAUCUUAAAGCAUCAACACAACUAA